GGCAAUAUGGUUUGACGUCCAUUUUCGUUUGUAAUCUAUGAGUCUUUCUUAACUUGAUUCUUUGCCGUGUUGUGUCGGCAGCAAAGGGCAGGAUGAAGUACAACAAGCAAGUAACCUCCUCGAGGAGGAAGAACAGGAAAAGGCAUUUUAGCGCACCUUCACACAUCAGAAGAGUACUUAUGUCGUCCCCUCUAUCAAAGGAAUUAAGACAAAAAUUCAACGUGAAAUCCAUGCCUAUCCGCAAAGACGACGAAGUUCAGGUUGUCCGUGGUCACUACAAAGGCCAGCAAGUAGGCAAAGUGGUGCAGGUCUACCGUAAGAAGUUUGUAGUGUACAUUGAAAGGAUUCAGCGUGAAAAGGCUAAUGGUGCCAGCGCAUAUGUCGGAAUCCACCCCUCAAAGUGCGUAAUUGUCAAGCUAAAGAUGAACAAGGACCGUAAGGCGAUCCUGGACCGCAGGGCCAAGGGCCGCCUGGCUGCUCUCGGUAAGGACAAGGGCAAAUACACCGAGGAGACUGCCACCGCCAUGGAGACCUCGUAAACAUAGGGUUAAGAUUAAUAAAAAAGUAAAACUCAA